CUUAAAAUGGCCGCCUGCUGGCGUCUCUGGCGCUGUUGAAUGGAGAAAGCUUUAUUGUUCCCUUCGGGCAGGAGUGUUCGUGUCCUUUAUGGCGCUGUCAAUAAAGAACCGCAGUUUGAAUCGGUGCUGAACAGGAUCUAGUGCUGAUCUUCACAAAGUGAUCCUGCAAGAAGAGAGGAAAGGAAGUCCUCAGACAGAGCUGAUGCGAUGGAGCUCCCCAACUAUAGCCGGCAGCUGCUGCAGCAGCUCUACACGCUGUGCAAGGAGCAGCAGUUCUGUGACUGCACCAUUUCCAUUGGUACCAUUUACUUCAGGGCCCACAAACUUGUCCUGGCUGCUGCCAGCCUCCUCUUCAAAACCCUGCUGGACAACACAGACACCAUCUCCAUCGAUGCAUCUGUCGUGAGCCCUGAGGAGUUUGCCCUCUUGUUAGAAAUGAUGUACACUGGCAAACUACCUGUGGGCAAGCACAACUUCUCCAAAAUCAUCUCCUUAGCCGACAGCCUACAGAUGUUUGAUGUGGCUGUUAGCUGUAAAAAUCUUCUAACUAGCCUUGUAAACUGCUCCGUUCAGGGUCAGGUGGUGAAGGAUGUCUCCACACCAUCCUCAGAGUCAUCCAGGAAGGAGUUGGAGAAGCCUGAAGUAGAAAUCCUUUCCUCCGAGGGUGCUGGAGAGCUUCAUUCUUCCCCGGAGGUUUCCACCCCUCCAGGGAGCGCUGUGAAAGCCGGGAUGGGGGAAGUGAUCCAAACAGUUGUGCAAGAAAUGAGUGUGGAUCCUUCCACUGCCCAGGGGAUUCAGGGGAAUGCAGACACCCCAGUGGAGACUCCUCUGACAGCUGAAGUUUUUUCCCCUUCUCCUGUUGUACAAACCUUUAGUGAGGCAAAGGAAGCAAGCCCAGAACCAGAGUAUGAGGGGAAACAUUACCAGCUGAAUUUUCUUCUAGAAAAUGAAAAAAUCUUCUCAGAUGCACUCUUGAUUACCCAGGAUGUUUUAAAAAGACUAGAAGAAUGUUCAGAAAUUAAAGGUACACAAAAGGAGACCGUAAUGGGAUGUCUUGUGGGUGAAGAAGGACAGUCAGCAUUCCAGAGAAUCCUGGAUAAAGUAAGAAGUGCAAGCCUGGAUGUUCAGACUGUCGUGUCCCUUUUGAGGCUGUUCCAAGAUUCUAAUCCUGUGGUAAAGACAGCACUGUUAGACAGACAGCCAGAGGCUGUAGAAGCAGUGCAGCCAAAAGCUCUUUCUCCCCCAGGGAGCACAGAGGAGGGAAAGACCUUGUCUGUUCUGUUACUAGAACACAAAGAGGACCUGAUCCGGUGUGUAACACAGCUGAGACCUAUUUUGGAGUUCCUGGAAACAGGCGAGGAGGAAUUCCUGACUGGCUCUGAGAAAAGGGUGAUUCUGAAUUGCUGUGAAGGUGGAACACCCAAGGAGGCAAUAGAAAAUUUGUUGCACAGAAUGGCUGAAGAGAAGACCCUGAGCGCUGAGAGUUUGGUAAAACUCCUUCAGGCUAUGAAGAUGACGUUCCCAAACUUGGGCCUUCUGCUGGAGAAUUUGCAGAAAUUAGCUGCUUUGCCGAGCACCACAGUCCAAGCAAGCCCUGAUGAUUAUGGGAUUGAACUAUUGAGGCGGUAUCACGAAAACCUCUCAGAGAUUUUCACAGACAACCAGAUGUUACAAAAAAUGAUCCCACAUGUGAAGAAUUUAGCCCCUGGAGAAAGAGAGGUCAUGGAGAAGCUUGUGAAACGUGACUCUGGUUCAGGUGGUUUCAGUUCUUUGAUGUCAGCAGCUCUAGAAGAGCAGACUCUCUCUGCAGCAGCCAUUUGGCAACUGCUGCUGGUGGUUCAGGAGACAAAGGCCUGCCCAUUGAACCUGCUCACGGAGGAAAUACGAAGGGAGCCUGGCGCAGACGCUUUCUUCCGGGCAGUGAUGACCCCAGAAAGUGCUGCCUUCGAAACCAUCCUGAGGCAUCACAGGUUGAUCCUAGAGGCCAUCCAGCAAAGGGCUGAACUCAAGUGCUUGGCCUCAGAGGAAGAGCGCCUGGCAGAGACUGUGAAAGAGAUUCUGAGCAUUUCCUCUGAGACAGCCAGCCCUGAAGCUUCCCUGAGAGCAUUGCUGAGCAGAGCCAUGGAAAAAUCCAUCUCGGCCAUUGAAAUAUGUCAGCUCCUGUGCAGCAUCCACAGAUCUUUCCCAGGCCUGCAGCCUGUCAUGCAGGAGUUGGCGUAUGCCGGUUUCCUUACUCAGGAAAAGGGAGAGAAGGAAAGGUGGAUGGUGAGUAAUAAAUUUCACCUUGAAGCCAAGGACAAAGCGGAUGGAAAGGCAGCUGAGCCAGCUGAAGAAAACUGCCAGCCUGGGAGACAGAACGGUCAAGGAGAGACUGGUUCCUUGCCAGAACAACAAGAGAAAGAUACUUCUGCCUCCCCAGACUCUGCCAAGAAGAGCUUCGUCUGUAAGGCCUGCGACAAGAGCUUCCACUUCUACUGCCGCCUCAAGGUGCACAUGAAGCGCUGUCGGGUGGCCAAGAGCAAACAGGUGCAGUGUAAGGAGUGUAACGAGACCAAGGACUCUAAGAAAGAGCUGGAGAAACAUCAGCUGGAGGCCCAUGGUACAGGUGGAGAGCCUGACGUCCCCAAGAAGAAGAAGAAGAGGCUUCCAGUGACCUGUGACCUCUGUGGAAGAGAAUUUGCUCAUGCCUCAGGCAUGCAGUACCACAAACUGACGGAGCAUUUUGACGAGAAGCCGUUCUCCUGUGAAGAGUGUGGGGCAAAGUUUGCGGCCAAUUCUACCCUGAAGAACCACCUUCGCCUUCACACUGGGGACCGUCCGUUCAUGUGCAAGCACUGCCUCAUGACCUUCACCCAGGCCUCUGCCCUGGCCUACCACACCAAGAAGAAGCACUCAGAAGGAAAAAUGUAUGCGUGCCAGUACUGUGAUGCUGUGUUUGCCCAGUCCAUUGAGCUGUCCCGCCACGUGAGGACCCACACCGGGGACAAGCCAUAUGUCUGCAGAGAUUGUGGCAAGGGCUUCCGGCAAGCCAAUGGCCUCUCCAUCCACCUGCACACCUUUCACAACAUAGAAGAUCCGUAUGACUGCAAGAAAUGCAGGAUGAGCUUCCCCACUCUGCAAGAUCACCGAAAGCACAUCCACGAGGUGCACUCCAAGGAGUACCACCCCUGCCCCACGUGUGGGAAGAUCUUCAGCGCCCCUUCGAUGCUGGAGCGGCACAUGGUGACCCACGUCGGAGGGAAGCCCUUCAGCUGUGGGAUCUGCAACAAGGCCUACCAGCAAUUGUCUGGUUUGUGGUACCACAAUCGGACCCACCACCCUGACGUGUUUGCUGCUCAGAACCAUCGAUCUUCCAAGUUCUCGUCACUCCAGUGCAGCUCCUGUGACAAAACCUUUCCCAACACCAUUGAACACAAGAAGCACAUCAAAGCAGAGCAUGCAGAUAUGAAGUUCCAUGAAUGCGACCAGUGCAAGGAGCUCUUCCCCACGCCAGCUUUGCUGCAGGUUCACAUCAAGUGCCAGCAUUCAGGGUCACAGCCGUUCCGGUGUCUGUACUGUGCAGCCACUUUCCGCUUUCCCGGGGCGCUGCAGCACCACGUCACCACUGAGCACUUCAAGCAGUCGGAGAGCACCUUCCCCUGUGAGCUCUGCGGGGAGCUCUUCACCUCCCAGGCCCAGCUGGACUGUCACUUGGAGUCUGAACACCCAAAGGUGACGGGCACUGAAAGCCAAGCGGCCGCCUCACAGAUGGUGCAGGUGAUCCAAACCCCAGAGCCGGUGGCCCAGACGGAGCAGGUGAUCACUUUGGAGGAGACCCAGCUUGCUGGUUCGCAGGUGUUUGUGACAUUGCCCGGUUCACAGACAUCGCAGACCAGCUCUGAGCUUGUGGCAGUGACGGUGGAGGACUUGCUAGACGGUGCCGUGACCCUGAUCUGUGGGGAGGCCAAGUGAGCGGCCGCUCAUCGUGGAGGGUCCCACGUUUGCAGUAGAGAGAAUGCUCCGCACUUGCCUUUUGCCCUUCCUCCCUCGAUGUCCUGAGUAUUGAGCAUCUUAGCUUAGCACCAACCUAAGUGGUCUCACUUGGGAAACGGACAGAAGCAUCAUGGUUCUCAUAAAACCAAGUCUGAGUCAUCAACACCAACGCGACCGCCCUCCGUAGCAGGCAGGCCUGCUGCUGUGGCUUCUCUGACACUGUCCAUCCCCAAGUGGAGUAUAGCUUCUGAAACAGAGCCUGAAAGAGCAGUGAGAUAAGAGCUGGUGACCGGAGUAACCAGAGCGAUGUGGUGUGCUGGCAGCCCUCAGCAUGCAGAGCAGCAGUUCAGUGCAAGACAGUGGCCCACAGAGUGGGGCUGCAGGCACUGCCAGUGCCUUCUGGCCAUUUAAAAAUGAGAGAAAAUAGGGGGCUUCCCUGGUGGCGCAGUGGUUGAGAGUCCGCCUGCCGAUGCAGGGGACGCGGGUUUGUGCCCCGGUCCGGGAGGAUCCUCCCACAUGCCACGGAACGGCUGGGCCCGUGAGCCAUGGCUGCUGGGCCUGCGUGUCCGGAGCCUGUGCUCCUCAACGGGAGAGGCCACAACAGUGAGAGGCCCGCGUACCGCAAAGAAAAAAAAAAAAGAAAAGCACCAUCAGACCAUCUGGGGAUUCCCAGCCUUGAGCACACUCAGCCCCUUCCUCACGUCUGUCACCCUUCCAGCCUCCUCUCAUGGUGGCGGUAGGACAGGUGGCAGCAUGCUGACACAGGAAGGCUUCAUUUCCGUGCUGAGUCCCACUUUGUCAGUAUAGUCAGCCAUUCCCAAAACGAAGCCUCUGGAGUGUUUCUUCUGGGAAUGUUCAAUGUGAGGCCAUCUAGCUGCAAACCGUCUCUGCCUUUCCAGGAAACUCUUCAUGGUAUUCUGCACCUGAGGCUGGUUCCCAUCCAUAGCUUUUCUGUGGUGUCCUCAAUCCCCUUUCCCUAAUCAAAGCCUAAAGCUUCUACCCAACCUGGAGGCCUCAUCCCCUCCCUGAGGAGCACGGGAUACAUGUAACGUAGCAGUGAACCAGCGCCAGGUGGAGUAGCGCCCAUGGUGGCCCCUGAGUCUUCCUCCUGCCAGGGUCUUCCUUGCCUGUGAGUAGCCUGUUGUCUGAGCUCUUUCCAGCCGCCACUAUGACUGCAGGUCAGUGAUCCUUUGGAGUCUGAAUUUUAAAAGCUUUUUCAUCUUCAGUUCCUAAAAUAUAAUCUGAUAAUUAAUGGUUUAUGGAAUCCAUUAUGAAGUGCAAUUAGAUGGAGGGAAUGAGUAGCAUUUAUCUUCCUUUCCCUGAUGGCAGAAGGUUGAAGUCUGCUAGGGCCGUGUUCACACACCCAGCACGGCUCCCUGCCACCUCGUGUGGUUGACCCCCUGCGGAAGGUACUGCCCAGUUUGAUCACUCACCCUCAAAAUACAGGCUGGCAGAAGACAAGGCCACCCCUUCUUUCUAAGCACAUUUCACAUCACCAGGUACCAGCAGGGGAGGGGUCGAUCUGGGUCAUGGUCGCUACUUCUGUCGCCAUCACACGUUGCUGGAAGGGCAGAAGGUGGGACCUUAACACUGGCCAGUGUGUCUGCUGGCGUCCAUCCUGCUCUGUGCAGGCAGCUGGGCCAGCUCACCCCGCCACCAGUUGUGUGCUCAUUUUAUGUGCAAAUCAUUUGAGCUUGUCAGCUCAGGGAUUGUCCCAUUCUGAAGUAAACGAAGUUUUCAGAGGCCAAUAACUGACCAGAAGAUGGUGCUCAAACCUUUAAGACUUUGCCUCCCUGUGAGGCCCUCACUGCUUCUGCCACGGCCGUCUCUGUCUUCUUAAGGGUUUUCAGUUCUGUGAGCUGUCAGACCAGGAUUGCUCUUGAUCAGCAAGUGAUGAAAUGGCACCGAAUCUCCCCUUGGCACCAGAUAAAACCCAUUGAAAGAGUGGAGCAGCCCUGCUUACAGGGCAUGGAGGCCAAGCCCGGCAGAUAAGAGUGCAUGGGUGGGGCUUCCCUGGUGGCGCAGUGGUUGAGAGUCCGCCUGCCAAUGCAGGGGACACGGGUUCGUGCCCCAGUCUGGGAAGAUCCCACAUGCCGCCGAGCGGCUGGGCCCGUGAGCCAUGGCCGCAGAGCCUGCGCAUCCAGAGCCUGUGCUCUGCAACGGCAGAGGGCACAGCAGUGAGAGGCCCGCGUACAGAAAAAAAAAAAAAAAAAAAAAAGUGCAUGGGUGGGUGGGAAUAGCAGUGUUAUCAGAACUUCUUCCAGCCAAAAAAAACAAAAUUUUAAAAAUUAAUUGCUGAGGACCUGUAGGGGAAAGUGAUUUUUCUUUUUAAAAAGUCUUAUGAAUAAAGAAAGCUAUAAGCUUUAAACCCAACUUCCAGAUCCUUUCAAGUACUGAGGCACCCUUUCUCUGGUUUCUGCUGGAGACCCAGAUCGUGGCAGGACACUCGUUUUCUUCAGCAUCACCAGACUCACAACUCACUUUGCCAAGAGCAGACAGAGCCGUGAGAUAAUGCUGCUGGCUGCGCCCUCACCCUGUGGCACAGCCAGCAGGAGCACGAGGCCUGUGCUGGUUCUGGUCAACGUGAGCGAAAGGUCCGCCCUGAAUUUCGUCUCUGCUCUGAGUGGACCUCGGCAAGCUGCUGCAUCAACAGCGCUGUUACAGUGCUGCUCCCUAGAGACGCCCGAGCAUGGAUUUUAUUGUAGGAAGACUUUUUCUAGCCCUACUUGGCCAUUUUAUUCUUUUCUCCCACUUCUGCCCAAGAGACCUUCUGAAUUGCUGCCACGGAGGACAUGUUAUCGGGGUCCCCUUGGCCACAUCACUUGCUCUCAUGUGGCAGUGGUGGUCUCUGCCUUGUUGCCAUGGUGCUGCCCUUGUGGCCUCAGGGCUGAACCCUGGGGGCGCUGGCAGUGGUGUAGAGGAGUCUGUGGACUUGUUGGAACGUGUAUUUAUUCGGUAAGACCCCAACUCUUCUCUGCUCCCAGAGCCUAUGAAACACCUGUUGAGGAGGAAAGGGCAGACAGAUUCCAAGCUGGAGUCUGAUUCCGUGGGGGUCACUUACGGAACGGCAUUUGCCCAUCCCUGGUGAGUGAGACAGACAGCAAGUAGAUGGCUCAAGAGCGAGGAUCGCUCUGGGAAGAUGGGACUGCAAGUGUGUGAGCAGAGCCUGAGGUGCAGCAAAGGGGCAGAGACUUGUUUAUUUUAUAAAACCUGAGUCCAGCAAGUGCCACAGUCUACAGUGUGAAUGCCAGGUUCCCUGGUCAUUCAAGUCCUCUCUGAGGAAGCUGUCUGACUCUCCCCUCCCACCAGCCAUGGAAUAUAUUUCAGCUUCAUCCCCCAGGGAAGAGCCCUGAGAGUUGCGGACUGAGGGUGAAAUAGAUCCAGUCAAACAGGGGUAAAUGGGGGAGACAAGGGCCCUGUUCUCUGCUCAUGGUGUAAAUCGAGGAGAAAGAUGAGAUGGGCCCAAAGAGUUUCUCUACCCCAGGUGAUGUUGCGGUCACCAUAGGCUGAUUACUUAUUAAUAAUAUGGGGUGGGGGAUUUAACUCUCAUGUGCCUGAGAUCUAAGAAUUGACUAAGGGUUGGAGGAACUGCCAGCCUUACCUAGCAUGGUUCUAGGGGACAAGCAAUAUUUCUAUUGAAUUGGGACUAGGAAGCUGGACAGUGGUGGAGAAAAUCCUGGGAUGCUUUAAUCAGUCCUCCCAAAGGAAGACUUCAGCAGCCCCUGCCCUGCUCCGCUUGGCCUAGUGUAUUGCAGGGAUACUUGGGAAGUAGGGAGAAAGUGGGAGUGAAAGAAAAAUUAGGGGUUGAAAGGAGUAUUUUGUUGCCAUGGAAAACCUUGGGGCUAGUAGGACUUGGGCCAAAAGCUCAGAAGCACAGCCAGAACUCAGAAACUUGCUACACCUAUGACUUGGCCUGUAAGGAAGGGAGAAGCUGCUGUGCUUCGGGGAUUACAUUGUUGAAAAAAAAAAAAUUUUAUCCCAUCGGCUAAUUUAGAUUGCUUCCAAAUCAUGGAAAUGUUGCAUCAUUUCCCUUACAAAGGCCAGUCACACCUGCUACCACCCGCGGUCAGGACAGGGUGCACAUGUCCGGCCAGGUCAGCCAGCACACGGUGGCUGUUUAAAUUGGAUUACAAACCAUUAUUCGUGUUCAACUUGCACUAUAUGUAAAUAAAAUAUGUACUUUGAAAAAAACUAUGCCGCAUGAGUUUCAAAUGGCCUGUGAUGCUAUAAACCUGUUUUCUCUUUGGUUCUGGGCAGCUGUCAGAUGGGACCAGGCUUGAUAGGCCUGGUUUCCUAGGGGCUACUGUGUACCUGUGGGCCAUGUUAGCAUGGCCUGGGAAGGACAAAAAAACUCUCCUGUCGUGUGGAGUCUCAUUUUUCUAAACCCUCGUUCCCAGGGAGCAAGUAUGGUGCAGGGUUUCAGAGACAGGCUUUGGUGUCCAACCUCGGUACAUCCCAACUAUGCCACUUUAUGACUGUGUGACCUUGGUGAGAUACUUACCCUCUCUGAGCUCCCUCCUUCCAGCUCCCAUUCACAAAUGGAGGAAAUUAUUGUAUUUACCCCACAGAAUUGUAGUACUAAU